AUUAUCAAAGAGUUAGGAAGGGGUGUACACGGGAAAGUCAAGCUCGCUCACACCGAAUACGUCGCUAUCAAAAUCGUCGACCGCGCCCCCAAACGCCGUCAACUGGGUAAAUCCCCCUCCCUUGACAACGGUCAAUCCCCACGAGAACUCGGUAUCCGUCGCGAGAUUGCGAUUAUGAAGAAAUGCGUGCACCCGAAUGUGGUGAGGCUGAGGGAGGUUAUCGAUGAUUCGAUGAGUAAAAAGAUUUAUUUGGUGUUGGAGUAUAUGGAUGCUGGGGAGAUUGUGUGGAGGACGGUGGAUGAGGAGCCGGCGUUGACGCAGGAGCAGGCGAGGAGGGUUUUUAGGGAUGUUGUACUCGGGUUGGAGUAUCUGCACUACCAAGGCAUCGUCCAUCGCGACAUCAAACCCGCAAACCUCCUCCGCUCAACAGCAAACAUCAUCAAAAUCUCCGAUUUCGGCGUCUCCCACCUCUCCCAACAACAAGGCAGCUCCUCUCAAGACGACGCCGAACUCGCCAAAACCGCGGGAACCCCCGCCUUCUUUGCCCCCGAACUCUGUUUCACGGAUUUAGGUGAUGGAAGGAAACGGCCGCCGGUGACGAAGGCGAUCGAUAUUUGGAGCUUGGGGGUUACGUUGUUUUGUUUGUUGUUUGGGAAGUGUCCGUUUACGGGGGAGAGUGAGUUUGAUUUGUUUCGGAACAUUGCGGAGGAGGAGCUCGUGAUUCCUGAACGCCCGCCCAUCGAUGACGAGGCGCGGGAUCUUCUGGUAAGGUUGUUGGAAAAGGACCCUCAGCAAAGGAUUACGUUGGAAGAGGUCAAGAGGCAUCCGUGGGUCCUACGCGGAAUCCCCGACCCAAACCGCUGGCUCGAAGAAACAGACCCCACCCGCGCCGGUGCCGUCCUCGAAGUCUCACAAGAAGAAGUCGACUCAGCCGUCGGCAUCGUCGAUAAACUCAAGAAAAAACUAUUCAAGCUCGGUACGAGUUUUGGUUGGUUUGGGAGUGGGUUGAGAAGGAGGGCUACGACGGCGGGACCGGGACAGGUGGGGUUGUCGAAGGUUGCGGGGGUUAAGACGACGAGUUUGGGGACGCCGAUGGAGGAGAAGAGGAGUUUGAGUCCGCUUGAGCUGGCGCCGGGCAGUACCAGUGCGACGAAUUUGAUGGCUACGGCUGGGAGUAUGGGAUCGAGACGCUCCAGUAACCCACCCACCGCAUCAGCGCGUCCACCGCCCAUCCUGGCACGCCAUCAUUCUGCAAUGACGAGUACGGAGACGAUUCACCGUAUUGUUCCGAAAAGUGCGGAAGAGAAACCUACGGAUCAUUUCCCGCGUUCGCCGAUAAGGCAGAGGAGUUCGACGGUUAGUCAUGGAACUGUUACGCCCAAGCAUACAUCUAGAACACCGAGUCCGUUGGCGAGUCCUUUGGGGGAUGAGUUUGCGGGAAUGAACAUCCCGAGGAGUCAGCCGGUUGUGGAGGGUGGUGAUGGGACUGGUGAGGCUUCGAGCGAGUCCUUUGCCCGGGCGUUGUUGAAUGUGCAUGGUGGUGCUCCUGGUAAUAGGCGUGACUCUCGCGGCUCUGGCAUUCCGAGGAGUCGUGCACUGAGUAAUCUCAGCACUGACCCCCCACCUGACCUCUGGACUCUAAACUCAGACCAAUACUCCAACUACGAGUACUCCGAUUUCUCACCCCAGAUCACGGACGACGACUACGAAGGUCCCGGCGCUGAUCAAAUCGAGGAAGACGAGGGUAUGUUCCUGGACUUUACGAGGGGGAGAAGGAGUCGUGUGGGUAGUAUGUCGAGUAACGUUGGUGGAGCGACGGGACCGAGGAGUAGAGUUUCUAGUGCUGUGAGGGGUGGGGGACAUGGACAUCAUGGACAUGCGAGUGGUAGUGGGUUUGGGACUGGGACUGGGAGUGGGAGUGGGAGUGGACGUGGGCAGAGUCCGGCGCAUCCUAAGAACCCGAGUAAGUUGCAUGAGGUUAGGGAUUUAGAGGAGAAGCUCGCGGAGGCGAUCGGGGCUUGAUGGUCAUGGCCAUGGUUGCCUAUCUGUGUACCGGUUGUUGGUGGUCCGUAUUCUUUACUGCGGCGUGGCUGUGGAUCCGGAGGUGGAGCGUGGAUGGUGGGCGAUCGACGUAUUCAUU